GGGAGCCGGGAGGGGACAGCGGCGAGGGGGCAGCUCAGGCCAUCUGCCCUUGUCAUCUCCCGUCCUCAUCUCUCAUCAUGUCCUCUUGUUUCCCCUCGUCAUCUCCCCUCAUCCCCCUUGUCUCCUCCCGUGGUCUCCCCUCCUCAUCUCCCUUCGCUUCUCCUCCUCUUAUCUCUCAUCAUCUCCCCUCGCCGUUUCCCCUCACCCCCCGCCCUUGACAGCCCCCUCAGCUCUCCUUGUCUCCCCUCAUCUCCCCUCCUCAUGUUCCCUUGUCAUCUCUCCUCAUCGUCUCCCCAGGUUUCCCACCGCCUGGCAGCACUGUGCGGGCACUGGAGCCGGCCUCCAGCCCACACCAGGCUCUCCCGGCUGCGGCUCGGCUCGGGGCAGCGUGACCCACUUUCCCUCAGCCCCGGCCCCGCCGGCGCGCUGCCCGCGGGCGGCUGGCUCUGCCCGGCCGGGAGCCGUGCAACAGCUCGGGGACGGGUGAGGGCCAAAGGGGGCCCGGGGCAGGUGGGUCUCGGCACCCCUCUGCGCCAGACUCGCUAUUGGCAAAGCCUUGGAGAUGGGUGCCUGCGUGCCAAGCCUGGGUCUCGGUGUGCCUGUGGUGUGGCAGUGAACGGGGUCUUUCCGUGCCCUGCCAGGGGUGAGGGAGCGAUGGCAAAGCAGGGCAGAAGCGGAGGCAGCCCCCUCGUUGUCGUCUGGGGCAGUGCCAGGGUUCCAGCAGCUCUGGUCAUGAGGGUCUCCUGCAGGGCAGGACAUGGCACCACGUGUCAAGGCCGUGAAGCCCCUUGGAGCGGAGCCUAGGCUGGUUUUUGCAGCAGGGUGACAUGUCCCACUGCCCCCGAGAGCCAGAGAGGCCGAGGCCCCGGCUGGUGCUGCCCGCGGGCACCGGCGGACGGCGGCAGGUGCCGCUCGGGGCAUUUGUCUUUGCAGAUCCUAAACGUGCGACGCUGCCGGCGCUGACGGAAGAGUUUUGGGAGGCAGCUGAUGACAGGCUGAUGAAACCAAUCAAACAAUGAAGUAAUCAGAGAGUCCCGGCGGCGAGGGCGGGAGGAGCUGCAGGCUGCCGGAGCUGAAGUCCUAACGAAGCCAUCCCCGCUCGGCAGGAGCAAUCCCGGCAGGAUGAAGCCAUGAAGGGCGGCAGAGAUCCUGCCGUCCGGGGCCGACGGACAGAGCCGGUGCGGUGCAGACCAGGGCAGGGAAAGUCCUGCUAGCAGCUCCGGGAGAGAAGCGUGGAGGGCACGGAGGGGACAGCGGUGGCUCCCCGAGGAGCGGCUGCCACCCAUCCCUUGGUGAGCUGCUGAAGGAGAGAACCCCGGCUCUGCUUUAUUUCCUCGUCCCGAAUUUGCCUGCGAACCUGGAUCCCGGGACUGAAGGCUGAAGAACCUUGUCACAGGCUCAUGGCUGGGAUAGGAGGUGGCUGCGGCUACGGGAGAUGCUGCGGAUGGGUGUGACAAGGCCUGACCCUGCCCUGCAGCUGGGACAUCGCUGCCGGGACAGCAGCCCCCCAGCCUGGGAGCCCACACGCUACUGGGUGUUCUGGUGCCGAGCAGUCUGCUGUGGUCUGGGCAAGGAGCUGGUAUGAGAAACUCUGGAUAACUGGGGAUUCAGUGCCAACCUGUGGAAGAGUGCCCCAGACUGGGGGCACUGGGGGGUCACACUUGCUGCGGGUGCUUCGGCAGAGGUUUGGUGCUGGUUCAGAUUCACAGUACAGGCCAUCCUUACGCGUUUCCCAGUGCCUUAGCACCACCAGGGAGCUGGCAGGAGGUGUGAGCACAUGGAAACGUGCCCCUUCCAUCGCCUCAGAGAUGGGGGCCACUCCCUUGAGGUGGCAGCCUGCUGGCAGAGGAGCUGCAACCAAAACACCUGCAGCUGCUGGCUGAUUUCCCUGUGCUGGACAUGCCCAGCCACCUCGUGGGCACCCUUGUGGGCUUGACUAGAGCAGCUUUGCAUGACCUUGGAGUGGCACAUGGGCAAAAGGCCCUUUGCCCACCUGUGUUCUGCUGCUUUUGAUGGUUGGGAGGCAGUGGCCAGCUUGGCUGGAAGAUGCCUGGACAUGGUGGGUACCCUACAACUCUGAGCUCUGGUGAGAUAAGAUACCGGUUCCCACCCCAUGGAGAUGUCCUCAUUUGGUGAAGGUGCCUUUGUGAACCCUCCCUGGGCACCAGCAUGCCACUGCACCCGGGAAGCACAGCUAAUAACACCUUGUGCCAGCACAUAGGUCCCAGUGGCAAUGAGGAGAUGAGAGGAUGUCCCCUGAAUGGGGUCAGGCAGGAAAGGAGGUGGAAGAGGCUGGAAAUAGAGUAAGAUGCCAGGAGGCAGCAGCUCAAGGUGGGGCACAGCCAAGGUACUGCUGGCACCCAGAACCACAUGGGCAGCAGCAGGGCAGCACAGGGAGAUGUGGGACUGGGAGCAGGGAUGGCCCUGGGUGACCAAGUGCUUCCUUGGAAGACUUGGCUGGCUCUGCGUGUGGUUUGGAGAAAAUAGGGGAGGUUUGGGAGUGAGAUCCCUCCCGAUGGGUGCCCUGCCAGGCUGGGGGGAGUCAGUGUUGCCUGCUAAUAACUAAGGCAAAUUACACCAUAAUUAAUGAGCAUUGCAGCAGUGGGAGGGUUUGGGAAUGGGGAUGGAGGAGAUCAAAGCUCUGCCAAAUCCAUGUGGUGCAGCUGGGGCAGCCACGGGGACAGAGCAGCGAGUGCCUGUGCCCGGCCUGCUGUCAACUGUCUCUCACCCUUGCCCUCUCCAAACCAGAAAUCUGGGUCCUGAGGAGCCCCUGCCCCUUCUGGUUUUCCCUUCAUCUUCUCAGUUCCUUGCCCCAGAGCAGCCCACGGUUCGAGCCCUGGUGCCUUGCUGCCUGGCCGCAGAACCCUGUGCGGGGCUCAGCCAGGCCCUUCCCUCUGACCCCGCUCAGGGAUCGGCUGCUCGGCUGCUCUGCCGCUCUGCCGCUGUGGCGGGAGGGGUUUUCCCCUGCCCCUCUCCAUUUCCAAGCAGCUGCAGCUGCAGCAGCGUAUUCUGCCAGGAGCCUGGGGCAGCUCUCCUGGGCAGCCUCUGCUCCUCUCGAUGAGCUUGUAAUGAGUUUGCAAUUACUUACUGGCAGAGCUCAUGUGCCCAGGGCUGGGUGUGCAGUGGAGCAGGAUGUGGAACAGGAUGUGGAGUGGGAUGUGGAGAGGGAUGCGGAGCAGAGGGAAGAAUCCCUUUGCAGGGAGCAGAGUGGGUUGGCGGUGCCAGCCUCAGUACCCGGUGGGAUGCUGGGCUCUGGAUAUGGGAUGCCAUCCUCCCGGGAGCUGCUCCGUGGUGUUGGGGAUGGAGCCGACAGUUGCCGACAGGAGACAAGUGGCUGCCUAUAAAUACCUGCCAGGGAGCAAGGAAGAGGUGGGUGGAUUAUCCUCCUCACUCAAUGAGAUAAAUGGUUCUGAAGCUUAAACAGAGAACAAUUUUAGUCUGAAUAGUAGGAGAAAUGGUUCAGGAUGUGGAGAUGACGACAAGAGCUGCCUGCAGGCAGCACUGGGCUCCCAGUGCCACUUGGCAGCAUCCUCGCUGCCCCUUUGCUAUGGUCUGGGGUCUUGUGCCAUGGAGACCUUUGCUAGGACUCAGCUGGGAUGUGUGGUGUUGCUUCUUGCUUUUGAAAGCUCCUUCAUGAAGAACACCCUAAUCAGCUGAGCUGGGGAGCCCUGCUGGCAGGGUAGGUUUGGCUCCCCUUAGGUGUGGUGCUGGCUCCUCUCUGGUGCUUUGAAGCCGUGCUGUGGAGGCAGGACUGCAGCUGGUGUGCCAGGAAAAGGCCCUGACCCUGUGCUGCUUUGACAGCCUGGCAUGUGGCCAUACAGAUGUAGGCAUGGGCAUGACUGGCACUGGCAUAGAAGGUGACCAAAGAUGAGGGUACUCCACUCUGGUCAUGCCUGGCUGGAGACAUCUCUUACUGUGUUGGCACUGUCCCAACCAUGUCCUACUGUCCCCCUGUCCUGGUGGGCACAAAACACCAGCCGGAGAGGAGCCCUUGCUCCUUCUGCCCAAGGCUGCUGAUGUCAGGCCCACGUUUCCCAGACUACUCCAACUGUUAAUGAAAGCUUCUGCAGCUGUGCUUGCUCUGCCCUUGGCAUGCUGCUGCCUGCCCACCCAUCACUGCUUGGCGCUUCCUGAGGCCAGCACUGGCUCCAUGCUCCACGCUUCACUUAGGCUUUGACAGAGCUGGGUGUAAUGGAGGUGCUAUGGCAAGAUCCCAGCAGUGCCCAGGUCCCUGGCAGCAUCCUUGGCAGUGUCCCUGGCAGUCUGCCCCAUCAACCUGCACCACAGCAGCUCUCCCUGCUCCAUAAAGCCUAUCCAGAAGCAAGAAGAGGACUCGGCACGGUGGGGCACCCAUUGCCACUGGGCUUUUCUCGGUCACCAGUCGGAGAGAAGCUGCCUGGAAAACCCAUCAGGAUUAGCCACAGGAAUAAGCAAAGAGCCCUUGAGCUGGAGAGCUCUCAGCAGCCACCAGUCCUUCACCUCCCCGCCUCUCUCCUAUCCCACCAGCAGGUGUUUAUCUCCAACUCCACCUUUGCCAGCUGGGAUGAUGGCAUUCCAGCACCGGGUAACGAAGCGCCAGCGAGGAGCAUGCUUGUGCAGUCAAGUGUAGACAAGAGCUCUUCCUGCAGGACGCUAGGAGCUGCUUUUAGUCAGGAUCCAUGGAGCUGCGGCGCUGAGCCACCUCCACCUCCAGCACCCAGACGCUGAAAUGGAGCUGCUCUUGCAGGGGCCAAUCAAAGGCGCUGGAGAGAGCUGCUCCGGAGAUCCGAUGAGUCAGGCUGGCACAUUUUUGGAACAUCAUGAUGGUGAAGUUCCUUUGCUAUUUUUCGCCCAACUUCCCAGGAAGGAAAAAAACACUAUAAUAUAUGACAAAGCUGAGCUCUUCCUUGGGAUGAGUUCCACCUUGAGAUGUGAUUUGCUUUGAGAUGGGCUCCACCAUGGGAUGAGCUCCAUCCUGGGAUGAGAUGUGCCUUGGGACAAGCUUCACUUAGAGUUGAGGUCUGCCUUGGAAUGAGCUCCACCAUGGGAUGAGCUCCACCGUGGGAUAAGAUUUGCCUUGGGACAAGCUCCACUUAGAGUUGAGCGCAGCCAUGAGCGCGGGUUCGGUGGAGCAGGAGCCGUCGCGCAAGCUGGCCUGCUGCGGGGUGCCCCUCAUCACCGAGGACAUGCAGUCCCUGGCCAUCCGCACCCUCUCGGGCACCGACAUCAGCAAGCACUAUGACCUCAUCCGUGAGCUCGGCAAGGGCACCUAUGGCAAGGUGGACCUGGUGUCACACAAAAGCACAGGCACCAAGAUGGCCCUGAAGUUCGUCAACAAGAGCAAGACGAAGCUGAAGAACUUCCUGCGGGAGUUCAGCAUCACCAACACGCUCUCCUCCAGCCCCUUCAUCAUCAAGGUCUUCGACGUGGUCUUCGAGACCGAGGACUGCUACGUCUUUGCUCAGGAGUACGCCCCCGGCGGAGACCUCUUUGACAUCAUCCCGCCACAGGUGGGGCUUCCCGAGGAGCUGGUGAAGCGCUGUGUGCAGCAGCUGGGGCUGGCACUCGACUACAUGCAUAGCAAGAGCCUGGUGCACCGGGACAUCAAGCCCGAGAACGUGCUGCUGUUCGACCGCGACUGCCGCCGCGUCAAGCUGGCCGACUUCGGCAUGACGCGCAAGGUAGGCUGCCGGGUCAAGCGCAUCAGCGGCACCAUCCCCUACACCGCGCCCGAGGUCUGCCAGGCCGGCCGAGCCGAGGGCUUCGCCGUGGACACCAGCAUCGACGUCUGGGCCUUCGGGGUGCUCAUCUUCUGCGUCCUCACCGGCAACUUCCCCUGGGAGGCGGCGGCGGCCUCCGACGCCUUCUUCGAGGAGUUCGUGCGGUGGCAGAAGGGGCGGCUCGGGGGGCUGCCCUCCCAGUGGCGCCGCUUCACGGACAGCGCCCUGCGCAUGUUCCAGCGCCUGCUGGCCCUGGACCCCGAGAAGCGCUGCCCGGUCAAGGAGGUUUUCUACUUCAUCAAGUGCGACCUGAUAGCCGAGGUGCGCCGCCGGCCCUCCUACCGCUCCCGCAAGCACGCCGGGGACAAGCUGCCGGCGGGGCCGCACCGCCACGAGCCGGCCGGUCCCUGCACCCCCGCCCCGCUCAAGAGGACCGUCCUGACCGACGGCAGCGGCCCCCGCGGCCCCGAGCCCGGCCUGGCCUCCCCGGGCACGGCCGGCAGGACAGACGGCCGGCAAGACAAAGGCAAAGGGCAGAUGGUCCUGGCCACAGCAAUAGAGAUCUGCGUCUGAUGGCGCCGCCGUGGCGCCGGCCCGCCCGGCCCCUCCCGGCCCCCCGCCCCGGGGACAGGCACCGGCGGUGUCGCUCGUGGUGGUGGCGAGAGCCGGGACCGGCUCUGGGUGUCCCAAAGCAAAAAAACAGAACGGAAGAGGAAAAGGACAAAACUGGUGGAUGCUGAUCCCCUCCCCGCCCUGCCCGGCUGAGGCUGGCAGCCGGAGCCUGGCCCAGGGCACCGCUUGAUGCCAGGGGACGAUGUCGGUGCCCCUGGCCCUGCCACGGCCACACUGCCCCCUCCAAGGCUCUCUCCAUGGUGGCAUGAAGAGGAGUCUCCCAGUACGGGGGAGGAAGAGCGGGGUAGGGGUCCGGGGCUGCCAGCCCCCACCGGCUCUCCCCAGCCCUGCAGCCCCGGCUGGGGCGAGGCAAGGCCGAUGACCCCGCGCCGUGGAGGAGGCCUUUGAGGAGAGAGGGUGGGUGGGGAUCUGCCCCCUUCCACCAGCCCCUGCCCUUCUAGUGGGGACUAGGAGGGGAUGGGGAGGUGGGCGCUGGGUUGGAGAUGGGGAGCCGGGGGGUCACCAGCAGCCUGGCACUCCCCGGCAGCCCCGGCUGCCUCCCUGCCAUGGGAGGUGCUGGCAGCCAUCGAUGUAGCAAGUGUCCCUGUCUGUGUGUCGUUGUGCGUCCCGGCCACUAGCCGCCCCUGUCCCCUUGCCCAGCUCUGCCAGGCAGCCCCAAACCCCUGCCAAGGGACGGGGCCCCUCCAGAUCCUCGCCGAGGGACGGGGCCCCUCCCAGCCGGGAGCUGCGCUCCGGGCUUUGGCAGGUGGCCAUGGUGCCAGCUCUCUGGCAGCUUGGGCACUCAGGGCCGGUGGCUCUGUCACGGUGGUGUCCCCUUGUCCCCUCUGCAGGCUUUUUGUACCCAGGGACUGGAAGAGGUGGUGGCAAUGGUGCAUCUCCAGACUGGGCUGCACAGCCCGAGGAGCAAGGGAGGGGGCUUUGAGCGGGCUCCCGAAGGUCCGCAUGGUUCCCUGUGCUGUCCCCAUCGCCUCUCCUUGCUGUCACCCUUCCCCAGACCCCAGCUCCCCUCCCCUGCGGCCAGGCAGGGGGGUGGUGGCAGGAGCCACUGGUGGCCCCUUAGUGACAAAAUCGCGGGGUGUGUGUGUGGGGUUACACUUCUCUUCCUUGUUUUGGGCACCCAAGGCAGUGAGGGGCUCUCCCUUCUGCUGGGUGGGGAGCCUAGUGGGGGCACCCCGGCGUGACAUCACCCCAAGCCCUGGCAUGGUUCGGGCUUCCCUCCUGUGGGGUGGGUGCCGUGGGGACUCCCCUAUUGUGUCCCCCCUCGUUCCCACACAAAGGGCUAUAACGCUAUUCAGCAGCAGCAGUUUACAGAGCAGGCGGGUGCCCCCCGCCAGUGCCGCUGCCCCCGCUGUCCCAGUGGCACCCACCCCCGCCCACCUGCCCACCCACGGUGCCGGGGCCGCGGGCCCGGUGUAGACGUAGCAUUGCCCUGCCGUAGAGACACUAGGCGCGGUUGUUCCUCCUCUUUGCCUUAGGUCCCUCCCUGUCCCCCACCUUUCGUGCAAUAAUGUAGAUACGGGAUCCCGGCCACCCCGGGGAGGGCUCGCUGGGUGGCACCUCCUGGCGGGGGGGGUCUGUCUGUCUGUCUGUCUGUCUGCCUGGCGGAGGGGUGCCCAAGUGUGGUGUCUGUUCCUGUGGGUCGCGGUGUGGGUAGGUUGUUGGGUUCUCUUUUCCCGUUCCCUCAGCUGUGGGGUUGGGGCUCUCCCCGCAGGAGAGGCUUUAGUGUCACAGACGUUACCUCAGCUUGUCACUGUUGAAAAGGAUGAAAAACAAACCCAGGACGGCAACGGCUCAGAGACGACAAAGACACAGUUCAAAAAGCAACAACAAUCCUCACUGGCACUGAAGGCUUCUUUUUUUUUUUUUU